UUCAGGAGACUUGCAGCCAUGCUCAGAUUUCUGUUGUUGACCUCUCUCGCAGCCCUGGUGCUGGCGGAGCCCCAGCCCAGGUUCCUGGAGGACAUGUCUGAAGGCAGAGUUGUGGGAGGGGAGGUGGCCAGACCCAACUCCUGGCCCUGGCAGAUCUCUCUUCAGUACAAGUCUGGCAGCAGCUUCUACCACACCUGCGGAGGAACCUUGGUGAAGAGAGGAUGGGUCAUGACCGCCGCUCACUGUGUGGACAGGACCAGGACUUGGCGCGUUGUUCUUGGAGAUCACAACAUCAACUCCAAUGAGGGCAGAGAGCAGUUCAUGAGCGUGAGCCGCGUCCACAUCCACCCCAACUGGAACUCCAACAGUGUCGCUGGAGGAUAUGACAUUGCUCUCCUGCGUCUGACCUCUGACGCCACCCUCAACAACUACGUCCAGCUCGGUGCUCUGCCUCCUUCCGGCCAGGUUCUUCCCCACAACAACAACUGUUACAUCACCGGCUGGGGUCGCACCCAGACUGGAGGUCAGCUGUCCGCUCAGCUGAAGCAGGCCUACCUGCCCGUCGUUGACCACAAGACCUGCAGCAGCUACGGAUGGUGGGGCAGCACUGUGAAGUCCUCCAUGGUCUGCGCUGGCGGUGCCAGCGAGUCUGGUUGUCAGGGCGAUUCUGGCGGCCCCCUCAACUGCAGCGUAGGCGGUAAAUGGGUUGUCCACGGUGUGACCAGCUUUGUGUCUUCCUCCGGCUGCAACGCCUACAGGAGGCCCACCGUCUUCACCCGCGUGUCUGCUUACAGCAGCUGGAUGAGCAGCGUCAGUAUUUUCCCAUGAUGCACAGCUACAAUCAGACAAACAUACAUUCACAAUGAUGACUCUCUUAUGGCAUGAUAUGUGUAUUAUUUCAUUGGUUGAUUGAUUGCCAGAGGAUUCAUUUGUCCCUGUUUUUUUUCCAGAUCAUGGGUUAAGAAGAGAAACCAGAGAAGACUCUGCGCUCGUCUGUAACUCCAUUAAAAUAAAAUGUACUUUAAUAUGGA